UUUCUUGCUGGUGGGUUUGAGAAUCCGUGUCCUUGCUAUGAUGGGCGAAUGGGUUCUCUGGACUUGUUUCUCGAAAGGGUUCUAACAAGUCGUUCUUGUGUUCCAGGGCUAGAGCUUUCGGGAGCUGCUACUGUUGAGUCGGUGAGAAUUCCAGCUAGGUACACAAGAAUGCAGUGGUUCAAAGGGCGUUCGUCGUUCAUUAUUGGAUCGGAUAAAUGGAUGGGAGGUCAGAAGAGUGAUAGCAUCGCCGCUUUCGAGCGCUCUAACAGUCUGCCUUCUCCGGCACCACCGGAGGGUGUUACAAGAGAAGUGAACGGUAUCCCGUCAUCAGCAAAAGACGAGGUCGCUCAGUAUGAUCCGACAACGGGUCUGAAGGUGAGGUCUCCAACGCGUGACGAGAACUUAGACAAAGUUGCGGGAGCGACUUCGAAGCUCUAUCCAGAUAUAUAUCAGCCUCCUUCUUCCAAGGGUGCAGAGACUAGUGAUGCCAAAGAGCCUCCUGUGGUGGAAGCAUCUGAGGAAGUGCUGGUAAAGAUCCCGGGGUGUCUGGCGCAUCUCAUCGACGAGCAGGAAAGUGUUAUUCUGGCAUCUGGCGAGUUCGUCCUGGUGAAGCUGCUGCAAAACGGUACAGACGUGGCGCUGUUCGCCAGAGUCGGUGAUGAACUCCAGUGGCCCGUUGUGAACGACUUGCCUGCUACAAAGCUCGAUCCAUCGCACUACGUGUUCUCGCUGCGUGUGGAAGCCGACGACGACGAGAAGCCGCCCAAGGAUUCGAAGGCAACUGAGACUCUCAACUAUGGAGUUACGUUCCAAGUUGACGGCAACAAGGAGCUUCUCAGAGAGCUUGACAAGAUCUUGGAACAGUACAGCUAUUUCUCCGCUCCAACCAUGCUCCAGGGCUCGGAGGAAGAUGUAAAGAAGGUGGAUGGAGGCAAGGUACCUGAGGCGUCUUCGCGAGAGGUGGUGAGCUCGGACCUCCCUGGCAAGCCGGUUCCAACGGACGCUAUCACCGAGAAGAAGCCAUCCGACGAGGUUUCUACAGCUUACUGGACGACCAUUGCUCCCAACGUAGACGACUAUAACAGCAGCCUGGCUCGAGCGAUUGCCGGCGGAACCGGGCACAUAAUCAGGGGGAUUUUCUGGUGCAGUGAGACGACAGUCGCGAAUUUGGAGAGGACUGGACGGCUUGUAAGGCGUGUUUCAGGAGCCUGCGGCAAGCCAUCUGAGGUGAGCCCGCGGACAAUGAGGAACAUUCGCAGAGCCAAGAGGGUGACUAAGAUGUCGGAGAAAGUAGCGAAGGGAGUCCUCACGGGUGUCGUGUCAGUGACUGGAUUCUUUACAACCUCGAUUGUAAACUCGAGGGCGGGGAAGAAAUUCUUCAAGAUGUUACCCGGCGAGAUUGCUCUCGCGUCUUUGGACGGUUUCGGAAAAAUCUUCGACGCUGUUGAGGUCGCUGGAACAAACGUUCUUAACACAAGCUCUGUGGUGACAACCGGGGCAAUCUCUCACAGAUUUGGAGACAAGGCUGGCGAGUUUGCGCACGAAGGCCUGGCCACCGCCGGCCAUUUAGUCUCCACGGCAUGGACCAUUUCCAAGCUGCGCAACGCCAUCAAUCCCAAGAGCGUGAUGAAGCCAACGUCUGUGCUCAAGACCGCCGCCAAGGCGGCCUCUCAGGGGAUCGAACCCAAGCGCUAGAAAAAAAACCUAUGUGGCUUGUGUGCAUAAUAACAGGACACGAUCAAAUAGAGAAUAGAAAUUCAAUGGUUAGGAGUUCCAUGGUUUGCGCCCAAAUAUAUUCUUUUAAUACUACACACAGUUUCUUUUAA